GCCCCACCCAGACUGGUGUCCUGGCUGCAGGACAUCCUUUCCAUCCUCUCCAGCGCACCUCACACCACCUGACCCCUCUGCUGGCAAGAGGGGACCUGAUUCAUCUUCAGGCUAGAUACUCAUUCCACACAACCGAUUAAGAGAGCAGAAGAGCAACUGAAACAUCUUUGCCUUGGACUUCAAAAGUGAAUGAGCAAUCCCUCCAAAUUGACUCAAAAUGUUUGUCUCACCCAGAAGAUGGAGCUCCCGAAGGGCUUCUCUGGCCAACGGACAUUCCUAUCUGCCAUCCUCAACAUGCUAUCACUCAGCCUCUCCACAACAUCCCUGCUCAGCAACUACUGGUUUGUGGGCACACAGAAGGUGCCCAAGCCCCUGUGCGGGAAAGGUCUGGCAGCCAGGUGCCUUGACCUGCCACUGCCCUUGGAUGGAGGCAACACCAACGCAUCAUCCCAGGAGGUGGUGCAAUACAGCUGGGAGGCUGGGGAUGACCGCUUCUCCUUCCGUACCUUCCGCAGUGGCAUGUGGCUAUCCUGUGAGGAAAUCGUGGAAGAACCAGGGGAGAGGUGCCGAAGUUUCAAUGAACUCACACCACCAACCGAGAGAGGUGAGAAGGGACUACUGGAAUUUGCCACGUUGCAAGGCCUACGUCACGCCGCUCUCCGAUUUGGAGGGAAGCGGUUGAUGGAGAAGGCUUUCCUCCCCCACCCUCCCUUGGGGCUUGUGGCAAAGAUCCUAUGGUUAUCACUGGGAGCCCAGUUCACCUACAUUGGACUUGAAUUCAUCAGCUUCCUCCUCCUACUAACGGACUUGCUGUUCACAAGGAACCCUGGCUGCGGCCUCAAGCUGAGCGCCUUUGCGGCCAUCUCCUCUGUCCUGUCAGGUCUUCUGGGAAUGGUGGCCCAUAUGAUGUAUUCACAAGUAUUCCAGGCAACUGCCAACUUGGGUCCAGAAGACUGGAGGCCACACUCUUGGAAUUAUGGCUGGGCCUUCUACAUGGCCUGGCUUUCCUUCACCUGCUGCAUGGCAUCGGCUGUCACCACCUUCAACACAUACACCAGGCUGGUGCUGGAGUUCAAGUGCAAGCACAGUAAGAGCCUCAAAGGAAACCUGAGCGCCCUCCCACAUCACCACCAGUGUUGCCUUCAGCAACUGUCAAGUGCAGCCCACCCGGGGGGGCCUUUGACCGGCUACCACCAGUAUCACAAUCAGCCCAUCCGCUCUGUCUCUGAAGGCGUUGACUUCUACUCAGAGCUACACAACAAGGGAUUUCGACAAGGGACCAGCCAGGAACUAAAAGAAGAGGUGCCUGGGUCAUCUGUAGAGGAAGAACAGUGUUAGGAGUAAGUGUGUUUGGAGAGCAGGCUGAGCCCAACCUUACGUGUGUGUUAUCAACAUGUGCUUAAGCCGAA